GCCAGGGAACCAUGAAUGUCUACUGUAGCGCCAUCCUCGUGCUGGGAGACGUCUUCAACUUGCAGAACAAACGGGUCGGCCUGCCCAACCCGCCACCGUUGCGAAAGGCUUCGACACCCGGUCGGAUGUCGCUCAUUAUGUGAAAUUCUGUACUCCACUCAUUACACGAAAGGGGACCGAUGUUUGGCUUGAGAUUUUCUCAGUUGUAGAAUCAUCUGCGUCGUAAUUAGAUCUUGUUAGUGAGUUACCCAGUCCUUUGAUAUACGAGGCCUUGCUUAUGCCCAAAAAAUUAGCUCCAGAAGAUGAUGAACCUUGGGAGUGGAAGCUGUGUCAGAAAAGCUCUCGAGGAUUUGAAUGAGUCAGAACGGUACCAAGCCCAUCAACACCAUAAUAAAGCUCAUCACUUACCUUUUGAAGUCAUUUUGCUGCUUCUCAUAUUUUUUGUUGUUAGCCUUUCCUCUCUAGUGCUUUACAAUUGGGCAUACUAUAUACGUAUAUCUCCAAAUUCACUUGGUCAUUUACGCUCUCCAAAUGAGGCUUCCCCAGGCACCUUUCCUGAUGCAUCCCAUACCAAUCUAUACUCCGUGGAAGGAGAAGAGAAUGACUUGGAGAAUGUACUGAGAAAGGCAGCUUUUAUUGAUAGCACUGUUAUCAUUACAACUUUAAAUGCAGCAUGGACAUCUCCAAACUCAGUUUUUGAUCUUUUUCUGGAUAGCUUUAGAAUCGGAAACCAAACACGCCAUCUCUUGAAUCAUCUAGUUGUGGUGGCUUUAGAUCAGACAGCCUAUUCUCGUUGUAUGGAAGUGCACUCAUAUUGCUAUGCUCUACAUACGAAUGGCGUUAACUUUACUGGUGAAGCACAUUUUAUGAGCUCGAAGUAUUUAAAGAUGAUGUGGGCAAGGAUUGACUUUCUUAGACAUGUUUUGGAGAAGGGAUACAACUUCGUUUUUACGGAUGCCGACAUAAUGUGGCUUCGAAACCCAUUUUCUCAUUUUCACACAGAUUCCGAAUUCCAAAUUGCAUGUGACCAUUUUAACUCCAACUUAUCAGACCUAAAAAACAUUCCCAAUGGAGGCUUCAACUACGUAAAAUCGAGUAGGCGGACAAUCCAAUUCUACAAAUUCUGGUACACUUCAAAAGAACUUUACCCAGGCAAUCAUGACCAAGACGUAUUGAACAGAAUAAAGUUUCAUCCCUUCAUUGCAGAGCUCGGCCUCCAAAUUACCUUCUUACCCACGACAUUUUACAGCGGUUUUUGUGAGCUAAGUGAUGACCUCAACCAUGUCAUUACUGUUCAUGCAAAUUGUUGCAUCGGGCUGGAAAACAAGAUACAUGACCUCAGGCUUGUGCUUGAUGUUUGGAGAGAGUAUAUAUCUGAUGUCAAGAGGAGAGUGUCACGCCCGCUUUCGUGGGGAUUACUGCCACAACUUUGUGGGAAUGUAGGAAGAAAAAUAUCCGCGGCAACAGGAGUGUAAGGAAUGCUGCUAUGUUGUACGACUGUAAAGAACAUAUAUGAUAGAAUAUACUGCUAUACAGCAAGUAGUAUUGCAGUAGUAUGUAUGGUAUUGCUAGAAAUUUGAAGAAGCUUUAAUAUAUGCUUUAAGGUAACACUUAACGUUUUCAUUGGCUAUGUUUGGCCAUCAGCGUUUGAGCAGAAAAGUUAAAAGUCAUUGAACUUAAAACGCUAAAAAAUGCAGCGUGUUGGGUUGGUGUUUCUUCCCAUCCACCAAAAACUAAAUGCAG